CCCAUUCUCCGUCCUGACGUCCUUCCUCGAUGCUGGUCUAGAGUGUGUGUGAGUGAGUGUGUGUGAGUGAGUGUGUGUGUGAGUGUGUGUGUGACACGCCGCUUUUUUGAGAAGGAAGAUUGUAAGAGCAGCUGCCUAAUUUUUUGUACUUUGAAAGAGAGGGAUGUUAGGAAGAAUAUCUCUCUCUUUCCCUCUCUCUCUCUCUCGUCGCCUUUGUUUGAAGUCUUUAGGCUUAUGAGGGAUUAUAAAGGUGAAAGGUACCAGUUUGUGUUCCGGCUGCUUUCUGGAUUUUUUUUUUUUAACUGAUUCAUUUAUUUUCCUGGAAAUGUACAGAGAGAGAGCCUCUUUGAAGGGCAGCCUGUUUACAUCGGAGCGGAUUACUUCAGCUAAAAGACACUCGCCUUUGAAAUUUAGCCACAGAAAUAGAAGCUAGAUUUGGUUUGUUUUGCUCGAUUUUGAAGCUUUAAAGAGGAACAGGGUGUACAUCUCUUUCGACAUGGGAAGCGGUGAGGUUUUAUGAGAAUGGAAACGCUGCUCGGGACAUUUGAUCAUUUCUCUACAGAAAACGAGCCGCUCCAGUCAGACUGAUGCAGACAUCAGGGCCACACAAAGGGCAAAACUUUCGUCUGUCAUAUUUUUUAUUUAUUUAUUUAUUUGUAUCCACCAUUGUGUGGGGAGUUCAUACGGUAAGCAGGUAAAUAUGUGGAUUAUUUGAAGAAGAAAAAAAGAAAGAAAAUACGUGUUCUUAUAGCAGAAGAGAGCCCUGCCCUGUCUGGCUGGAGCACACAGGGCUUUUGAUUGAUUUCGCCUCAAGAGAAGAGGAGUGGAGAGAUGCAGAGGGCCAAAUGACGGCGGAUUUUCUUUGCCAAGCUCCAUUUUAUACGCAGAGGGAAUAGAUAAAAGUGUCGUUGUCGAAGUUGAAGGACCUCAGGGACCAUGUCUUCUUCUCGGGCAACACUUCAGGCCGACAGGAAUUCAGACCACCAUGUUUCACUCUCGGCCAGCCGCUCGGACAAGGGCUCAGCCUGGUCGAAUCGCUCGCUGGGAGCUCGCUGCCGUAACUCCAUCGCCUCCCUAUCGGACGAGCAUCCUCACAUCGGCAACUACCGGCUGCUCAAAACCAUUGGCAAGGGCAACUUUGCGAAAGUGAAGCUGGCACGUCACAUCCUGACUGGCAGAGAGGUUGCAAUAAAGAUAAUUGACAAAACCCAGCUCAAUCCAACAAGCCUACAAAAACUUUUUCGAGAGGUCCGGAUUAUGAAGAGUCUCAACCACCCAAACAUAGUUCAGCUCUUUGAAGUGAUUGAAACGGAGAAGACACUGUACCUUAUAAUGGAGUAUGCCAGCGGUGGUGAAGUGUUCGACUACCUCGUGGCCCAUGGGAGAAUGAAGGAAAAGGAGGCACGCUCUAAAUUUCGACAGAUUGUAUCUGCAGUUCACUAUUGUCAUCAGAAGAAGAUUGUUCAUAGGGAUCUGAAGGCGGAAAACCUCCUGCUCGAUGCAGAUUCCAAUAUUAAAAUCGCAGACUUUGGCUUCAGUAACGAGUUCACACUGGGCAGUAAGCUGGACACGUUCUGCGGCAGUCCCCCUUAUGCCGCUCCUGAGCUUUUUCAGGGCAAGAAAUAUGACGGGCCUGAGGUGGAUAUCUGGAGCUUGGGAGUCAUUCUCUACACACUCGUCAGCGGAUCACUGCCCUUUGAUGGCCAGAACCUCAAGGAGCUGCGUGAGCGAGUGCUGAGUGGAAAGUAUCGAGUGCCGUUCUACAUGUCCACUGAUUGUGAGAGUAUCCUACGCAGGUUCUUGGUGCUCAACCCUGCCAAGCGCUGUACCCUGGAGCAAAUCAUGAAAGAUAAGUGGAUGAAUGUUGGCUAUGAUGCAGAUGAGCUGAAGCCACACAUAGAGCCUGUGGAGGACUACAAUGACUCGGAGAGGAUAGAUGUAAUGAUAGGGAUGGGUUUUUCCCGUGAGGACAUCAGGGAAGCUCUGACCACUCAAAAGUACAAUGAGAUCACUGCUACUUACCUACUGCUGAACCGCAGAAGUGAGGAUGUCACUGACUCCAGAUCCAGUAGUACUCUGUCACUAGCACGAGUUCGGCCGAGUCCGAUAACCAAUGGUACCAGUAAACACUCCUCCACCUCCUCAUCCAGCUCUGCCUCCACCACCCACAACAAACCCCAGCGUAGUUCCUCCACCUACCAACGUCAGAGGCGGCACAGUGACUUCUGUGGUCCUGCAGCAACUACAGCUCACCCUAAACGGAGCCCCACCACCACAGGAGAGUCAGACUUGAAGGAGGAGCGUUUGGCCACGAGAAAGGCAGGCUGCAGUGUAGUGGGCAGUCGUAAUAUCCCACCAUCCAGCCCUAUGGUCAGCACAGCUCACAACCCCAACAAAUCAGAGAUCCCUGACCGCCGCAAGGAAGCCGCUGUCGCCUCAAACAACGUACCAGCAAGUGCCAUGACCCGCAGAAACACAUAUGUAUGUACAGAUCGCUCCAACACUGAUAGACACUCCUUACUGCAGAACGGCAAGGAGAACAGCUCACAUUCGCAUCGUUUACCUCCAGCCUCUCCCUCCACACACAGCAUAUCUGGGGCGGGUGGGGCGUCAUCCUCCUCAGCCGAACGUUCCCGUCUGAGCCGAGGCUCCACUGUCCGUAGCACUUUUCAUGGGGGUCAGCUCCGGGAGCGCCGGGUGCCUGCGCAUGGCCCACCAGCCUCCCCCACUUUAUCCCGCGAAGCCAGCCCACUGCCCCACGCCCGCACUCGUGCCACCUCAAACCUCUUCAGCAAACUCACCUCCAAACUUACACGCAGGGUCAAUCUUGACCCUUCUAAGCGUCAGAGCUCAAACAAGUCCGUCUCGGGCUGCCCUCUGCCACAUGGAUCGAAAACUGUUAGGUCACAGACGAACCUGAGAGAGUCUGCAGAUCUCCGGUCACAAGGUAAGAGUGUAUCGACUUCUCUCUUUUUCCUGUCUCACAGUCGCCAUCUAUCUGGGUAUCAAAAAGCGCCAGAGCCCCGGCCCCCCCGAUGCGGCUGGGAUGUAAAGGUGCAGAGCGCGCGGGACCCAGCCGAGGUGGUGCUGGCAGUUCGUGAGGCGGCGCAGGGCUGCGGUUGCCAGGUGCACCAGGCUGGCCCGUUCCUCCUCUCCUGUACACAUGGUGCUGCCGGCUCCCGGGUGGCGUUCGAGGCUGAAGUAGGCCACCUGCCUACAGAGGCCAGCGGGGUCCGCUUCAAACGCCUAUGGGGAGCGCCACUCGCUUUCCGGGACAUCGCUACCAAAGUGUCCAAAGAGCUGGAACUCUAAACCGCAACAGGGGGCAGAGGGGUAUGGGAGCAAAGCAGGGGACAAUUAAAACAGGAACCUCUCUACGUCACCUGCACUUUCUGUGGGCUUAUACAGACUCUGCAGCAAACGUGAAGAGCUUCAUGGCUGCCACAUACAAGGUCCUGCUGACAGAAAUCCCUUCCCCUCUGACUCCUACUCUGUGUCUUAGCCAAUCUAUUUGCUAUUCCACUUUUGACAGACAUCGAUCGUCACCACGGUGUCUCAGCCCUUCAUGUCAUUUCCUUUCAACAGCUGCUAUUUAAUACGUUUUGACCUUUUUUUUCUUUUUAGUCCUUUAAAACUUGCACCAUCCUGAACACUUCGAUGUCCCGAAGACCAGUUUCUUUUGUGUGUAUUUUAUAUUAACACUUUCUGUGGAUGAAAAACAGCCUAAACACAGGAUUAAGAGCUGCCUAAUAGGAAUAAAAAAGCUGUUAUAAACCUGUGUGAUAUUUUGGGAUAAGUGAUGGCUGCUCUUCUGAGCCACUAACGUUGUAGCCUUUAUGGCUUUUUUUUUUUUUUGUCUGCGUUUCAGCAGUUGUUCUCAGUAAUGCAACUUCUGUUGUUGUUCAGUAGCACUUUAGGGUUGAGUGAGCGUCACUUUUGUUUUAAAAAAAAUUGUGUUCCCCCUUAAAUGGUACACUUCACCUGUCAAGCCAAGUCAAAUCACAACACUCCUUCUGUUGUUCUGUAAGUAUUAUUGCUGGUGAGAAGCCUCUAUUAUACAGCCAAAAGAGGAUCGUGCUAAAUGGACAUGAGACAUGCAGCUUUCCAUCGAUUUGGUCACCACCUAAUCGCAAGUCUAGUUGUAGCCUUGGAGUCAUCUAACAGUUGUAGAUUGUACUAUAUUUUUGAUAAUGUGACAAGUGUUUCGGGUGCUAAAACAUCUGCCAAAUUAUCCUGUGAUAUAAUUUCAGUACUGUUUGACGUAAAUUUCUUUGUAUUCUUAGCGCAAAAAGACCUCUUUAAGUCAGUGUGAUUAUUUGCGUGUGCUGUAGUGAUGUUAGGGUGUGAAGAGAUAUAUUCACCGUCCAGCUAUCCUACAUUUUAUAGCUGUACAAUUCCUAUGAGCACUGUUCUGAAACGUUUCGCUAAAGGCACAAGGGCUAUCCGAAGAGAAUAUGUUCCAAAAUCCCCCCAAAAAAAGAGAGAGAGAGAGAAUAAAUGUUUUAUUGUGAGUCGCAAUCUACCACCAAGAUAAACAUUUCUUCUGACCUCCUAAACCCUAUAACUGAAUUUCACAGUUUCAGAUGUUGUUGCGUCUCGUUGAUCCAUAGAAACUCCAAAACGUUAGCAACUGAAAGAAUAUUAAAUAUACUCCGAUUCAUUUAAUCUCUUAUUAUGCGAUAUUUUUAAUAACUCCAGUUUGAAAUAGUCUUAUUCUGUUAGCAGAUCAUUUAGCUUCUAUAAAAAAAAGCUUCUUCUAAAAGAAUAAAACCAUUUUAAACAUGAGAUUUAUAAUGAUACCUAUCAAUAAAUGUUAAGAAUUUAUUCAUUACAUUACAAUAAUUAUAAUCCGUCAUAAUUUUUUUUGGGUUUUUUUCUUCCAAUGUACAAUCCAGGUCCUUUUUUGAUAUCAGCUUGGGAGUAAAAUAUCAUGGCUUUCAUAGGCUUGCUGUGGAUUGGUUCCCUGUACUGGUGGUGAUCCAUGGGUACUUACCUGUGCUUAAAAUAGAUGCCGGUUCACGUUUACAGUUAAUUAGCGAUUUACAUUUUACACCUCAGUCUGCUUCCUUUAAUGACUUGGUGCCUUGCUGUUUCAGUUAGUGUACACCAAAAUUCUGGGAUUAUGUAGAACCGAGUGAUACAACCUGGUUGUGGUUCCAGUCUGGAGCAAAAGGUUUCAGUCAAAGGACAAAGCCUUAUAUUUUGAAUUGGUCUCAAGAAACGUAUUAUUAUAUACAGACGUUACAAAAAAAUCUCUUUAUUCUAGCAGUCUUGUGUGUGUGUUUAUGUGUGUGUGUGUGUGUGUGUGUGGAGGGGGGGAUUGAAUUUUCAGUGGAAAUAAAAACACUGUGUGGCUUUUGGUCUUAAGUUAAUUAACAUAAGUAGUCUUAACCCCUUAAACUAGCAGGACUUGUGAGCGGGUCAAGCUCUGCAUUCCUCACUCGUGUGUGUGUGUGUGAACAUGUGUACGUUUCCUUUUAGGUUUACUGUAACUGCGAAAGAAUUCAUAAGAGUUACGAAAUCUCCACAUGCUUAAAGGGGUUAAGUGCUCAGAACACUGUUACAUUAAGCCACUGUUUUACAAGCCGGUCCUCAGGGAUCCCAGAUGCUCCACAUUUUAUAGCGUCACAGCUCCCAGUACACCUGAACACCAGAGAAGCCUGAAUACCUGGUGCGGAUGUGUUAGGAGGAAGGACUGAGGACUGGUUUGGGAACACUACAAUAAGUGCUGUUUUAAAAUAAUAGCCUCUGCUGGUCACAUGGCUUUUAAUCACAUCAAAAUAAGAAGUAGCCUUAGUUACUGAACUAAAAUGCCUUUUUCUCCCCCUGUGUGUGUUACCCUUCAAAUACAUGCAGCGUCAAAUAAAAACUUUUUUUGUUGUUGUUUUGCUCCAUUUGUAAGCAGGUUGAGUUAAAAGAAGUAACUUUCUGCUUAAGAGUAAAACUAAAACUGCCUGCUGGGUUUGCAUUGACCGGAGGUAAAUCAUUGCCUACUGUCUCUUCUCCUCCUCCAAGGCUAACUGACUGUAUAAAUAUGUAAAAAGUGUGUAGGUAAAUUAUGUUUUACUUUUGUUCUUUUAAGUUUUAGAUUAUUUUUCUGCUUGUACGUGUACAGAAAGGGGGGAAAGCUGAGGUGGCUGAGAAAUAAACUCAUUGAGGAAUAAA